AUGUCUGAGCUCGCCGCUGUUGCUACUGAGGCCAAGGCCCCCAAGACCGCCAAGGCCCCCAAGGCCCCAAAGGCCCCCAAGGCCCCCAAGGCCCCCAAGGUCGCCAAGGCUAAGGGAGAUAAGGUCGCUGCUUCCCACCCCGCGUACGCCGCCAUGGUCAAGGCUGCCAUCAAGCACCAGGCGAGCAAGAAGGGCACCUCCAAGUCGGCCAUCCUCAAGUAUGUGCUCCAAUCCUACAAGGUCGGAGACGACAUCAAGAAGGUCAACAGCCGUGUUGUCAUCGCCCUGAAGAAGGGAGUUGAGAAGGGCGCCUUCAAGCAGGUCAAGGGAACUGGAGCCGCCGGUUCGUUCAGCCUCGGCGAGAAGGCCGUCUCCGUUGUGAAGAAGGCCGCCAAGAAGCCCGCCGCCAAGAAGACAGCCGCCAAGAAGACGACCACCAAGAAGCCGGCCGCCGCUGGCGCCGCCAAGAAGGCCGCCUCCCCGAAGAAGGCCAAGAAGGCACCUGCCGCCAAGAAGACGAAGGCCACCAAGCCCAAGUCGCCGAAGAAGGCCAAGACCGCCGCCAAGCCCAAGGUGAAGAAGGCCAAGGCCACAAAGAAGGCGGCGCCCGCCGCCACCGCA